AAUUUAUAACACCGAUCAGAUCAUCCAAUCAAAUUAAGGCUCGUUAUCAAUGCUUAUCGGCCAAUCAAAAUCGUAAAUUUAAUCAACUCAACGAACCAUGUUUUCUCGUGCCGCCGCUUCGAUUUAUACAAGCAAAACGAACAAAGAUAACAUUAGUAGGAUUAGGUGCUAAUGUCGGUCUGACUGUUGUGAAGGGUAUAGCUGGUAAAUAUGAAGCUGUCGGAUCUCUCGCUGUCUCUUCAUUAUUGGUCGUAGGUGCUAUUGGAAUCGGCCAUCAUUCCUAUGAGUUGCUUAUGAGUGCAAUACCACCCAACUCUCCUUUUAAUAUCACUGAAAUUAGUCUUACUACGCAAAUUGAUCGUCCGCAUUUAAAUCCAAAUGCCGCAUGGUUUGCCGCUGCAUCUGUCGCCGUAAAAGAAGCUUUAUUUAGAUCAA